CCGGAGGACUGACCUGCGCGAUUCACUUUUUGGUGAACGCGUCUCCAUUGCUGCCUCGCCACUACAAAGGCGUGCCAAGCGAAGUAGCAAUCUGCCCACCAGCCCUUUGGGAAUCGGAACACGAAACGGACAAGCCUGCUCCCAACUCGGAUCCCAAAUUGAUAUGACAAUCUCAGCUGAAAUUUCUCCGCUUCCGGGUAAAUCUGAUGCGUUGCAGCAAAAGCACUUCAUCCUGCCUCAGCCAUCACCAAAUCACGUGUCUCGUCUGCCAAUUCGUCUCAAUCAACAAGAUACCAGACUUGACGCAAUCACAGAGCUUGAUUCCUCCAGCCAGACUCAUUCCAAAAAGCCUAAUAAUACCACCGCUGGUAGCCUAAUUCGAAUCGCUCCAAGCAAUUACUAUCAGGGUUGUGUGACAAACUUUGCUAUAGCUCCUGAAGAGCAGCUAGAGCGAAACCUGAUCCAUUCAAAUCUUACAGGCCAGAAGGCUUUUCCAGAAGAUGGGAUUACACAUGAUAGACUGAUUUCGCAGGCAAAAUUACAUAUGGAAGGCGUUCAAACACACUAUCAUCCACAGCAUACAUUACGACUAAAGCAUCAGCACCCUAAAGAAAAGCAAUUCCAGAGAAGUGGCCUUGGAGAAGCUUAUAUCUCUUCAGCAUUA